GGGCGGGCGCGCGCGCGCGUCGCAGCUGGCUCUAUAAAAGCGGCGCGGCGCCUGGGAGCAAAGCGUCAGGUAACCCAGGUGAACACGGCGGCUCCCGACACACAGGCGCUCAUCUGCAGUCAUGGCACCGAGACCACAAGAGGGGAACGACUCGUCCUCCACCAUGAGUGACAGGUCUAAGGGUAAAGAUAAGGAAAUGCCACCACCUUACUCCACCUUGGAGCUGGGGAAUGAGGAGCCUCCUGAGGAAGAUCCCUGGGAUCUCCCAGAACUCAAAGACACCGGGAUCAAGUGGUCAGAGCUGGAUACACGAGGGAAGAUAAUGAGAGUGCUGACUUCCAUUGUGAAGCUGAUUCUGCUGCUCGGAUUACUCUACCUGUUUAUUUGCUCGCUGGAUGUUCUCAGCUCUGCGUUCCAGCUAGUCGGAGGCAAAGCAGCCGGUGACAUCUUCAAGGACAGCUCUGUGUUGUCCAACCCCGUGGCUGGGCUGGUGAUCGGGGUGUUAGUCACAGUGCUGGUGCAAAGCUCCAGCACCUCCUCGUCUAUUGUGGUCAGCAUGGUGUCUUCUGGAUUGCUGGACGUCAAAUCUGCAGUACCGAUCAUCAUGGGGGCCAACAUCGGCACGUCGGUCACCAACACCAUUGUGGCUGUGAUGCAAGCUGGAGACCGAAAUGAGUUCCGCAGGGCGUUCGCUGGCGCCACCGUCCACGACUUCUUCAACUGGCUGUCUGUGCUAAUCCUUCUGCCUUUGGAAGCAGCGACGGGCGUCCUCUUCAGGCUCACCGACCUCCUGAUCAAGUCCUUCAACAUCGAGUCUGGAGAGGACGCGCCCGAGUUGCUGAAGGUCAUCACGGACCCCCUCACCAGCUCCAUCAUCCAGCUGGACAAAUCGGUGAUCACUGACAUCGCAACUGGCAGUGGCGAUGCUAGGAACAAGAGUCUCGUCAAAAGAUGGUGCAAGACAGAGAAAAACAUAACUUUCUGGAAUACCACCGUGGACAGCUGCCCUGCAGGUUACAUCUGUUGGAUGGAGGGAAACCAGACCUGGACUGAGAAGAACGAGACAUUGACCAACUACCUUGAGAGAUGCAAGCACAUCUUCGCCUACGCUGAGUUGCCUGACCUCGCCAUAGGCCUGAUUCUGCUGGCGCUCUCUCUGCUCGUCCUCUGCACCUGCCUCAUCCUCAUCGUCAAGCUGCUCAACUCUAUGCUGAAAGGACAGGUGGCUGUGGUCAUCAAGAAAGUGCUCAACACAGACUUUCCCUUCCCCUUUGGUUGGGUUACUGGCUACAUUGCAAUUUUGGUGGGAGCCGGGAUGACCUUCAUCGUUCAGAGCAGCUCCGUCUUCACAUCAGCUAUCACACCUCUUGUCGGAAUUGGUGUCAUUUCCCUUGAGAGAGCUUACCCGCUGACCCUGGGGUCAAACAUCGGUACAACAACAACCGCCAUACUGGCCGCAAUGGCUAGCCCUGGAGAAACGCUAGCCAACUCGCUGCAGGUUGCACUUUGCCACUUCUUCUUCAACAUCAUGGGUAUCCUCCUGUGGUAUCCAAUCCCCUUCAUGCGGGUGCCCAUCAGAUUAGCCAGAGGCCUGGGGAACAAAACUGCCAAAUACCGCUGGUUUGCAGCUCUCUACCUCUUCCUGUGCUUCUUAGUGUUUCCCCUGGCCGUGUUUGGACUGUCCAUAGCCGGCUGGCAGGUCCUGGUCGGCGUCGGCGUGCCCAUCGUGGCCCUCGCCGUAUUCGUGAUCGUCAUCAACGUGAUGCAGUCGCGAUGCCCCCGCUUCUUACCCAAGGUCCUCCGCAACUGGGACUUCCUGCCCCGGCCCCUGCACUCCAUGGCGCCGUGGGACAAAGUGGUGACGACCUCCAUGUUCUUCUGUGGCAGACACUGCUGCUGCUGCUGCAAGUGCAGCAGCUGCUGCCGAAAGGACGAAGAGGCGGAGAAGAUCUCCAGGGCCAGCAGGAAGAGCCUGGCGACAUACGACAACCCCGCCAUGUCCAGAGACGAAGAAAAGACGGUCUGCGAGAGUGCGACGCAGUUCUGAUUUCAAUGGGGGAGGGGGGUUUUUCCUGUGGGUGGGUGCAAUACUUAAUGCAACUGUAUUCUCGUGACACAUUUCGUAAUUGUUCAUUCCUUCUCAGGCUGUGAUAAGGUGUGGAUUAUCUAAUGACAAACUGUCGUCAUGGAGACUAUGGACAAAACUGUCACACAUGCUCUCAUCAGGCCCGCUGUGUCUGAUGUUUAUUUAAUGUUUCCAAAAUCAAUGUACAUACCGCCUGUCUUCUAUAAGUUCAUAUAUAGGUUUCUGUGAAUACAAGCUUUUUUUAUUGUUUGAAAUUAAUUUCACAACAGAACAUUUUGGAUUCCAAUGUAGCAUUUUAAAUUCAUUAUUAUUUGCCUUUGCUAACACUCAGUAUUUAAAAUGGUGUAAUAUUUGUACAUUUAGAAAAUGGCUAUUUUUAAAGUACUACUUUGUCGUCUUUUGAAUAUGGUUUGUCUCUUAUGUUCGUAAAUCACAACUUGCGAAAAAAAAAAUUUCUACUCAACAUGACAUAUUUAGCUAAUUUGAGGGUCAGACUGAGCUGCUCCAGCAGGUUUCACAUGGCUGAUGAGGAUGUCACGCAAGAACAGUGUACUAUCUGUAUUUUGGUCUAAUUUCUGCUGCAAAUAUCUUAGUACACUUGAAAUGAGACAAAACUAACUCACCAGUAACUUUUAAGCAAGAUUUAGGAGUUUGCUUAGAGUCAAUAAGUCCUUAAUAUUGAUGAAAAAGUUAGUUCCAAUAAUUAUUCCACUUAAUUGAAGACAUUUCUCCCACGUUAUAAGUGAAAUAAUCUGCUAAUGAAACAGAUCACUUUUCAUCAAUAUUAAGGAUUUUCUUGUUUACUUAAAACAACCUCCUAUAUCUCUUGCCGAAGUUACUCCUUUGUUUUGCCUUAUUUCAAGUGCGCUAAGAGAUUUGCACUAGAAACUAAACCAAAACUACUUGGAAAGUCUUGAUGUUUUUGCAGAGUAGAGUUGGUGUGCUGAACGAAGGCCCCCAGUUAUCCACACAUUCCUGUGUUCAUUGAUGUAACAACAGGUUUGUAGAGAGAUGGAUGUCAUUCUGAAACCACGUAAUUACAAUGCAGACAAAGCAACAAAAACACAGAGCUGAAUAGGUAGAAUUUGUCCUUCUAUUACACUAGACACCAUUUUUACAUGUAGAGAAGUCAUAAAAUAUAUAUAGACAUAAUUCUGGUUUAGAUAAGACAAAGGUUAUCAAGUUCUUAUAGUGGUAGUACAGAAUUUUUUUAAACUGGGUUGUGGUUGGAAGGUGUUGAGCAGUUGGCUUUUUGUCUAUAAAAUACUACUCUGUUGGCAUAUUCCAUUUUUAUGCACUCUUAUAAGAGAUUUUGGAGGCUGAAGCCUAUUGAUAGAUAAAGUUGGGGAAAUCUAAAAGUAUGUCUGCUUUGCUGAAACAACUGUAAUCUUUCACCCCACUUAGGGAAAUGUGGUCAAACUGGCACAGGAGCAAAUUAACCAUUAGCUAAAUUAUAGCAGAUACCCUGAAGGCUAAACAGUUUUUCAAUUUUUUUAAGCUUUCCGCCUUUUCUUUUUAUGGAGAUUGCCGGAGUAGGGAAUGUUUGACACCUUUCGAACAUUCUAGAAAAGGUAAGCGUCUGCCUUCUCAAGGAAACGCUGAUGUGGCCAUUGUUAAAUAUGCUAAUUCGGCUAACCGCGCUAAUGUAAGAUGCUCAAGAAAAAUUCAAAUGUCAGUCAUUUCUAUCCAUUUUAAAUGACUAACACCUAGCUGCUGUUGCACACAAAUGGUCGGAAAUACUUUGUUCAAAUAAUUAAUGAACAAAGAAUAUAUUGAAUGUUGUUUAUUUUGGUUCCUAAAGAGAAUCAAAAUAAAUGGUUUAAGUGAACAUGGUGACCAGAGGCCCAUAAUAAACACUCUACCACCCACACUGCCACACCUGCGCACCUUCUGCUCUGGUAUUUCUAGGUGAAAGAGAUUUGCUGGACUUUACAUUACAUUCAGUCUGAAAUCGCACUCUGUUCUAUUCACAAAAUCAUAAUGCAAUCAUAAUUCAUUUCUAGCCAUCGGUUUCAGUGCAGUAGAAAACCUGUACAGUGUGUUAGCUGUGCCACUGGAGCCAUGUGUCAGACUGUAAACAUGGAAUCGUUCACAUUCAUAUGUCCCAUAAACCAAUGCUAAACAAUU